ACGCUGUAUGAAAAACAAGUGGCAACCCUGUUCUGGCGCAAAUAACAAUAUUGUGGUUUAGCUGACAAUUUAUGUGUGUUUGUGCCAAAAUAAAAUGCACAUUAAACAGAUUAUUAUACAAGGCUUUAAAAGUUACAAGGACCAGACGGUGGUGGAACCAUUCGAUAAGCGUCACAACGUCGUCGUCGGACGCAAUGGCUCUGGCAAAAGUAAUUUCUUCUACGCUAUACAAUUCGUGCUGAGCGAUGAGUUCACCCAUCUGCGUCCGGAGCAGCGCCAAGCCUUGCUGCACGAGGGAACAGGCGCUCGGGUCAUCUCGGCCUAUGUGGAGAUUAUAUUCGACAAUUCGGACAAUCGUGUGCCGAUCGACAAGGAGGAAAUUUACUUGAGGCGCGUCAUUGGCGCCAAGAAGGAUCAGUAUUUUUUGAAUAAAAAGGUUGUGCCGCGCAAUGAGGUCGUCAAUCUGCUGGAGUCGGCUGGCUUCUCCAGCUCCAAUCCCUACUACAUUGUCAAACAGGGCAAGAUCAAUCAAAUGGCCACCGCCGCGGACUCCUAUCGAUUGAAGCUGCUGCGCGAGGUGGCGGGCACGCGUGUCUAUGAUGAGCGCAAGGAGGAGUCUCUGAAUCUGCUGCGAGAAACCGAUGGCAAAGUGGAGAAAAUCAGUGAAUAUCUGAAGACGAUCGAGGACAGGCUGCAGACGCUUGAGGAGGAGAAGGAGGAGCUUAAGGAGUACCAGAAAUGGGACAAGACACGACGCACUCUCGAGUAUAUACGCUACGAGACGGAGCUAAAGGACACACGGCGCGCUCUCGAGGAGCUGCAGCUGCAGCGUAAAUCCUCGUCGGACAAAAAGAAGAACUACAACAUUGAGAUACAGAAGGCGCAGGAGAAGAUCAAGGAGGUGCAGAAGAAUCUGAAGGAGGCCAAGAAGAAGGUGCUCAGCACAAAGGAGGAGCGCUCCGUCCUGAUGACCGAACAACAACAAUUGCUGCGCGAGAAGACCAAAUUGGAUCUCACCAUUGUUGAUCUCAAUGACGAGGUGCAGGGCGACAACAAGUCGAAGGAGCGGGCCGAUCAGGAGCUCAAGAAUCUCAAGGUGACGAUAGCGGAGCGUGAGCACGAGCUGGACGAUGUGAAGCCCAAGUACGAGGCGAUGAAGCGCAAGGAGGAGGAUUGCUCGCGCGAGCUGCAGCUGAAGGAGCAGAAGCGCAAGGAGCUCUAUGCCAAACAGGGGCGUGGCUCGCAGUUCUCGUCGCGCGAGGAUCGCGACAAGUGGAUCCACAAUGAGCUCAAAUCGAUCAGCAAACAGACCAAGGAUAAAAUCAAUCAUCACGCCAAACUGGUGGAGGACCUCAAGAAAGAUGCCACGUCCGAGAAGGAUCUGGGCACCAAAAUCGAGGAGCACUCCUCCGAGCUGGAACAGCUGCGCCUCCAGAUCGACGAGCACAACAAAAAGUACUACGAACUGAAGAAGACCAAGGAUCAGUAUCAGUCCAUGCGCAACGAGCUGUGGCGCAAAGAGACCCAGAUGACCCAGCAGCUGCAGACCCAAAAGGAGGAGCUCUCACGUGCAGAUCAAGCGCUGCGCAGCAUGGCCGGCAAGCCCAUCCUCAAUGGCUGCGACUCGGUGCGCAAGGUGCUCGACAGCUUCGUGGAACGCGGUGGCCAGUCGGCGGCAAUCGCUCGGGCAUAUUACGGGCCGGUCAUUGAGAACUUCAGCUGCGAUAAGACGAUCUAUACGGCCGUCGAGGUGACCGCUGCGAAUCGUCUGUUCCAUCACAUUGUCGAAUCGGAAUACGAGGGCACACAGAUCCUGAAGGAGAUGAACAAACUGAAGCUGCCCGGCGAGGUGACGUUCAUGCCGCUGAAUCGGCUGCAGGUGAAGGUGCACGACUAUCCGGACGAUCCCGACUCGAUUCCGAUGAUAUCGAAGCUCAAGUACGACGAGCAGCACGACAAGGCGCUGCGUUAUAUAUUCGGCAAGACCCUCAUCUGCCGUAAUCUGGAGCGUGCCACGGAACUGGCCAAGAGCACAGGGCUCGACUGUGUCACACUCGACGGCGACCAGGUGUCGUCGAAGGGUUCGCUCACCGGCGGCUACUUCAAUACGUCGCGCUCGCGCCUGGAGAUGCAGAAGAAGCGCACGGAGUACACGCAACAGAUCGCCGAGUUCGAGAAGAAGCUGAGCAAGCUGCGCAACGAGCUGAAGUCGACGGAGAACAACAUCAAUUCGAUUGUGUCCGAGAUGCAGAAGACGGAGACCAAGCAGGGCAAGUCGAAGGAUGCCUUCGAGAAGGUGCAGGGCGAGAUUCGGCUGAUGAAGGAGGAGCUGGUGCGCAUCGAGAAGUAUCGGGCGCCCAAGGAGCGCUCGCUGGCCCAGUGCAAGGCCUCGCUGGAGGCGAUGAACAGCACCAAGGCCAGUUUGGAGGCGGAGCUGAAGCAGGAGCUCAUGUCCACGCUCUCCGUGCAGGAUCAGCGUGAGAUUGAUCAGCUGAACGAUGACAUCCGCCGUCUCAACCAGGAGAACAAGGAGGCCUUCACCCAGCGCAUGCAGCUGGAGGUGCGCAAGAAUAAGCUGGAUAAUCUAUUGAUCAACAAUCUAUUUAGGCGGCGGGACGAGUUGAUACAGGCGCUGCAGGAGAUCUCAGUGGAGGAUCGCAAGCGCAAGCUGAACAAUUGCAAGACGGAGCUGGUGUCCACGGAGAAGCGCAUCAAGAAGGUCAACGCUGACCUGGAGGAGAUUGAGAAGCGUGUUAACGAGGCCGUGCAAUUGCAGAAGGAGCUGCAGCUGGAAUUGGAGACCUAUGUGCGCAAGGAGAAGGAGGCCGAGGAGAACAUCAACAAGGAUAGCAAACAACUGGAGAAAUGGACCACCAAAGAGAACAUGCUCAAUCAGAAGAUCGACGAGUGCACCGAGAAGAUCGCCAGUCUGGGUGCACUGCCUCAGGUGGAUGCCGCCUACACACGCCUCUCGCUGAAGAACAUCUUCAAGGAGCUGGAGAAGGCCAAUCAGCAUCUGAAGAAGUACAACCAUGUGAACAAGAAGGCGCUCGAUCAGUUCCUUAGCUUCUCGGAGCAAAAGGAGAAGCUGUACAGGCGCAAGGAGGAGCUGGAUGUGGGCGACCAGAAGAUUCACAUGCUCAUCCAUUCGCUGGAGAUGCAAAAGGUCGAGGCCAUACAGUUCACCUUCCGGCAGGUGGCGCAGAACUUCACCAAGGUGUUCAAGAAGCUGGUGCCCCAAGGCGCCGGAUAUUUGAUACUGAAGACGAAGGACAACGAGGGCGAGGAAAUGGAGAAGGAGGUGGCCAAUUCGGAUGCCUUCACGGGCAUCGGCAUACGGGUCUCCUUUACGGGCGUCGAUGCCGAAAUGCGUGAAAUGAAUCAGCUAUCCGGCGGACAGAAAUCUCUGGUUGCCCUUGCCCUCAUCUUCUCCAUACAGAAAUGCGAUCCGGCGCCCUUCUAUCUAUUCGAUGAGAUCGAUCAGGCUCUGGAUGCCAUGCAUCGCAAGGCAGUGGCUGACAUGAUACACGAGCUGAGCGACACAGCCCAGUUUAUUACCACAACAUUUAGGCCCGAAUUGCUGGAGAAUGCCCAUAAGUUCUACGGCGUGCGGUUUCGCAACAAGGUCAGUCACAUUGAUUGCGUGACCCGGGAGCAGGCCAAGGACUUUGUCGAGGAUGACAAUACACACGCCUAGAUGCGUCUGCAGCUUUCCCACCUCCUCUUCCAUCUCCCUCUGACACUAUCUGUCCCGCUCCCACUUCUCUUCCCACUCUUUCUACAUUCAAGCAUUUUUUAGUGAUUAGGCGUAUAGGUUUUAUUUCUUUACUUGAAUAACUCUUACUACAUAUAGAAACUUGAUUUUAA